AUGGCGGCUUCGUAUCCGGAUAUACCAUUUGUUCCACCUCCUGAACCGCUGGAAUAUGUCUGUCGAGGAUUCUUUUGUCCCUGGGGUGGUACCUGUAAGGUGAAUCAGACAACCUCACAGCCCUACUGCGAGUGUAUGAGAGAGUGUCCGACCCAGGGAAGGACCUCCAUCGUGUGUGGAACCAACGGCGUGACAUAUGUCAGCAAGUGUUGGCUACAGAAAUCCAGCUGUGAAAGAAGAAUCAGAGUGCGUGUCCGCCAUGAGGAAAAGUGUGCUGAUAUGAAACUUCCAGAACCGUGUGCUGGAUUUGUUUGUGAGCCGCCAAAAGUGUGCCAGCUUGGCAAUGAGCGUAGACCUGUGUGUCGCUGUGCAGAGACAUGUCCGGACACGCUAGAACUUGUCUGUGGCUCUGAUGGUGCAACUUACAGCAACAUUUGUCGACUUGAGAUGGAGGCUUGUCGAACCAUGCGGGACAUCCGACUUCAUCAUUCUGGCAAGUGUCAAGUAUCGGGGCCCAAUGUAAACAUUGUUGUUCAGGACGAAGUAGAAGCAUAUCAGGGUAAAAAAAAUGUUCAGUACAACCAUGUCAAGUUUCCAUGGCAACAGACAUACUUCUCUGCUUCUUGUCUCCUGGCUGGUCGAAAGUAA